CGCCCACAUAACUGGCAACCCGACAAGGUCGAAUACAUGGACUAUGAAUGCCGACGAAACCGCCUCCUAAAAUUACCCCAUGUAAGGGUCGCUGUUGCCCAAGGCGGCAUACUCUGGCGCAUAUGCAAGCAGGAACUUGCAAGCGACAUACCUAGUGGGCCGUCAAAGGACGUGCAGUUUUUUUCAGAUAUGUCUCCUGAUGCACCUUGCGAUCAUCUCUUCGAUACUCUGAGUAAACAGGAGAUAGACAUACUAUGUGGCGUUUAUCAUGUCCUAACAGACAGAGGCGAACAAACGUCUAUAAUGUCAUGGUGGCCCACCCCUCAGCUGUGGUCCUCAUCUGGCUUGGACAUGGGCUACUGGACACAUUCGGCUGAACAAAUGUUUCAGUUGAGAUUGAAAAUGAUACGUCAAGGAGAAGCC